ACGGAUACAAAAAAAAACACGCAGUUCAAGUAACACUACUGUCUACGUGAAAGUGAAUUUGAAAUCAUGAAUAUAGUGUCAACGUGAAUGUUCUAGCCCGUUGUCAUUACAGAUAAUGUUUUCAAAAAAAAAAAAAAUAGUGUCAACGUAAAAGUGGUAAAUAGUUUUAAUUAUAAGACUUGAAAUCAUGAUCGGAACAGCAUCUAUUAUUAUUUAUUUAUUUUUUUGAAAAAGGGCAUAACAGCAUCUAUUAUUAAUAAGUUAUAACUAAAUAUGUUGCAACUCGACCACGUUUGUGUGGUUAGUUGUUCAGUCUAUGUUUUUUUUUUUUUGAAAAUGCCUUGUUCAGUCUAUGUUUCAGCAAAACCAAUUUUUUUUUUCUUUACCAUUUUUGUUUUUAAGUCUCUACCAUUUACUCUGUAAAGUAAUCAGCAAAAAUAUCUUAAAUUUGAAACUACGAUUACCAAAUAGCAAAUACCAAGAAAAACCAUUAUUGUAACUGUCUAAACAAAAUGGACUACUCGUGUAAUCUUAACUAUAAUUUUUUAAUAAUAGUCUGAGAAAUAGGAGCAGGGAAUCCAUUUUAGAAAACAAAUCUUCUGAUGUGAUGUACAAGUUAGGUGCGGGAAAUUUUAUGAACUCGAAUAAAAAUCAAAUCCUCGUACAGUGCAAAUAUUCCAUACACAUAUCGACCUUUAUAGAUUAAUGGUUUUUUCUAAAUACAACGCCAAAAUAAAUAGAUAUACUAACUUGUGCAGUGUGGUUGUACCAAUAUACUACAUUCAUGUGCCGACUUGUUGCAUCGACAUGGAAAAAAUUCACCAUUGUUUUUAGGUUACAGUUUUUAUUUGAGAAAUUUUAACCUACAUGUAAGAAUUUUUAGGCCUGGCUCCCCAAACGUGUAAUAAUGUAAAUUUCUAAUGCAUCUCUAUACUCUAAUCAGUAUCACUUAAGAUGGUGAAAAUCACAUUUCAAACAAGAAAAGCAGAAACAAAACUGGAGCCAGUUAUUGUCGCAAGCAAAUGCAACUUCUAAAGGCAUAUCAAUGUAUUAUUGAAUCCGACAACACAGCAAACAUGAGCCAAUUAUUAUAGUUUAUUAGCUUUCUUUUUUGUCGCGGAAAACUACUUGACUUUAACCAUCUUUAAGGAAAGAGGAGAAUUAUAAUCCAGUUGAACCUUUGCAUCACGUGGACGGGGUACCACAUUACUCUUAAUGUAAUACUUUAGGUUCUGAAAUAAUAUGUUGAUGUGAAAAUGAUUAAAAUGAUUGAUUUAUCUUAACAGUCAACUCGUGCAUGGAAAAUGUACAUCAUACUUUGAAAGAAUGUACCUUAUAAUUUCAAUAAGAAAGACCAGCUGCAACGGAGGAUAUUAGCUUAUUCUUAGCGCUAAUCCUUAUGCAUUAAGAAUAUAAUAAUAAUAAAACUUGACGUUACGCUAAGGUUGAAUCCUUAAUGAAGGAUUUAUUUGCGGUUGAUCCUUGAUGCGCUGGCAACAUCUGAUUGGAUCGGGAAAGGAAUGUGUUUUGUGAGGGGAAAAAAACUCGGUCAUUUUCGCGACUCGAGGAGGAAAAAAAACCUUUUCACCUCUCCCGGCGAAACAAAAAGCGAUUCUGCGAUCCGCUUUGUUCAAAGUAAAUCGGACCAUUUUAGUUCUUUAUUUUUGCAUUUGGAGUUGAUGUAUGUUGAUUCAUCAGUGUUUAUGGAUUCGAUUGUGGGGAUCAAAUAGAUUUUGGGUUUAAAAUCAAAUUGGGGAUUAAAAUCGAAUUAGGGUUUUCGUCUGCUCUUACUAUUUUCUUCUUUUCUACUCGCUUCUUUGUUUAUGGAUUCAAUUGUGGGGAUCAAAUAGAUUCUGGGUUUAAAAUCGAAUUGGGGAUUAAAAUCGAAUUAGGGUUUUCGUCUGCUCUUACUAUUUUCUUCUUUUCUACUCGCUUCUUUGUUUAUGGAUUCGAUUGUGGGGAUCAAAUAGAUUUUGGGUUUAAAAUCGCAUUGGGGAUUAAAAUCGAAUUACGGUUUUCGUCUGGUCUUACCAUUUUCUUCUUUUCUACUCGCUUCUUUGUUGGUUUCAUCACGAUUAAAGGAUUUUGAUCCGCUUAUAUGUUUUUGUUCUUGUAGGUUCUGAAAUGGAGGAAGAAUUGCGAGAUAUGAAAGCACACAAAGCAUACUACAACAUGCUUCAUUUCGUUGCAAAUGCGCAACAGGGGAUUCCUAAGCUGUGCCCCUGUGGAUCUAUCACGAAGGAGGUCGUCGAUGAAGAGGAUACAUAUGACUACCUCCCUGGGAGAAGAUACUUCAUAUGCAAAGACUAUGAGAAUGACGGGAUGCAUUUCAGGCAACCAUGGGUUAUGGGAAUGCAACAAGAGGUUGAGAGACUCAAAGAACGUUUUCACGAGCAGGAGAAGCUUCUGCGAGAGUGCGAGGCACUUAAGGGCCAGGUGAGGAUGCUGCUUAUGCGGGUGGCUGAACUCGAGAAAAGAAACUUACCGGUUUCUAACUAUUAGUGUUUGAAUACCAGUUAGAAUUCAAAUGGAAUUUAGUUUGUAGUUAGAAAAGAAACUAGGAUCGUGUAACCGUGUCACUUAGUAGUUGAGAAUACUUGAAAACAAACUAGGAUUGUGUAACCGUUUAAAGUUUCUGAGCAAAUAACUUUUAGUUUGCAGUUAGGAAACAGACUAGGAUUAUCAAUGCACACCAAACCACCAUUUAAUUGUGCGUAACUGCACUGCUUCCUUUAAGCCAAAAACCCAUUAAAUUCUCGUGAGCUGUUCUGAUAUGACUGUUUUCUACUAGGAUUCAAUAGAGUUAUUAUAGAAUCCCUUAUUUUAUCGCCUGUGUUUCUACUAGAGAAACACAUACUUCUUCCUAAAUGGCCAAAUCUGUUGGUUAUGUAAACCUUGUAAUGAGUCAAGGGCCAGUUCAUCUUGACUCCUGCGAACCUCUUCUCUUUACCGGCCAAAGUUCUGGUGUGUCUACUGUCAAAGAGAGGAGAAAAUGGUCACCGAAGGAGGAUUUAAUCCUCAUCAGUGCGUGACUCAACACCAGCAAAGAUCCAAUAGUGAGUAAUGAACAAAAAGUAGGUGCCUUCUGGAACGGGAUUGUAGAGUACUACAACUCCAGUCCUCAACUAGUUGGGACAAGCCCACGAGAACUUGGGCCAUGCAAGCAAAGAUGGGCUAGGAUCAACGAGGGAGUUUGCAAGUUUGCUGGCUGUUACGACAUGGCACUGAGGGAGCAGAGAAGCGGGCAAAAUGAGAACGAUGUGAUGAAGUCUGCCUUGGAUAUCUUUGCCAAUGACCAGGGAUCGAAGUUCAACUUCGAACAUGCGUGGAGGGAGCUUCGGCAUGAUGUGAAAUGGUGCUCUACCUAUCUGGAGAAGGACGAGCGCAAACCAGCGGAUUCCCAAGGCGACGGUGAAGGGGCAGUGCCAGAGCCAGAGCCAGAAGAGCGGCCAAUAGGGGUUAAGGCUGCGAAGGCUGGUAGCAAGAGGAAGAAAACUGGAAAAGAGGAAGAGUUGACAAAGCUAGAAAAUUUGUUGGAGCUAAAAAAAAAAAUCUUUCAGCAAAGUUUGCUAGAGAGUUUGCUUACAAAGCUCGAGCCUCUCUCUGAGAUGGAAUCAGCUCUCAAAAACAAACUUAUGUCUGAAUUGUUGUAGGGUUUGUUAGCUCUAACCUUAGUUUCAGAUGUUUGCAUUAUACUAGUUUCAACUGUUUGCAUUAGACAUAAGUGUAGUUGUCAUUUCACAACUAAAACAUGUCUAUUUACGUUGCUUACACACGUGAUUUUCUUCUGUUUCAGGUGAAGUACAAGACCAUGUGCUUGUUGAAGACAGAAGCUGGUAUCAAGUCACGGGUAGUUUGUAUUUUCUGUUUCUAUUUUCAUGUGAACCCAUCACGGGUUGUUUGUAUGUUGCCUUUAUAAGUCUGUUUGUAGACUAGGAUGUUAUGCUAUUUCCUUUGCUCUUCUACUUCCUUUGUACUGUCUUAAAAACGGAUGUAAUGAUGUUUUAGUGCAAUCUAUUUCCUUUGCUCUUAUUUUCCUUGCACAAAUGGUUCUGUUCUCUUGAUAUGGUUCAUCUAGACGAGCUUCCCACCUUCAUCUAGACGAGCUUUCCACUUUCAUCUCCAUCAGCAGUUCCCACCAUCUCGACGAGCAAGGUAUAUGCUACUUUUGAUGAAGAAAUUCAUAUGAUGAUUCUUUAACCACCAAGAUCUCUGAGGCCUUGUUAUGUUUGUAUUACUUAAUAUAGUGCCAGACCAUACAUAACGCCUAAUUGCUAUGGACAAUGUAUGAUGACUGUCAUUGAACUUUGAGCUAAGACUUUGCAUUAGAAAUUUGAAGUGUUUGAAUAUGACUCAUUUUUUAAUGGUGGUAUCGGCUGGUCAUGCUCACUAAUAUGAAUGUGUACAAAGUUUAAUCUAAUAGUUUUAUAUUAUCAUUCUAUCACAAUGAUAUAAUUCGUAUCAAGUUCAAGAAAGUUAGACAACGUGAAUUGUCUGUAGCCGGUUGUUGGCUACCUCAAUUCAUUAUAAUACUUUGGGGUGGAAAUGAUACUUUGAGGUGGAAAUGAUACUUUGGUUUGUUCUAUAAACCAAGUGUUUCGUUUAUUCAAUUAUCAGUUUUUAAAACAAUUUGAUGAACCAUUAGAGCAAUUAAAAUGAUUCGAAAUUUUAUUAUGUAAAAACCAAAAGAAAGUUUAUAAAAACGUCUUUAACUUAUGAUUAUGAAAUAUAUAUAUGUCUUUAACUUAUGAUUAUGAAAUAUAUAUAUCUCGACACGUCUUUAGCUUAUGAUUAUGAAAUAUAUAUAUGUCGACAUGUGCACAAAAGUAAUACCAAAAGAAAGUUUAUAAAAACUUAUGUUUGUUAUAAUGUUUGAAGGAAGGAUAGCCAAAUAUGGCAGAUGAACUCGACCGAAGACUCGAUGCGGCUGUCAAUGAGGCUUUUGAUGAAUAUUUUGAAGAAACAUACAACAGCAUUGUGGAGAAUCGAACUGCAAAAAAGAAGAAACGUGCAUAUGUCGAAAGAAACCGAGAAGCGGGCCACAACCGUCUAUGGAAUGACUACUUCAGUGAAGAUCCGACAUUUCCGCCUCAUUUAUCCAGACGCCAUUUUCGUAUGAACAAGGAAGUAUUCAUGCGUAUUGUCGACACCCUCUCAGCAAAUGUUCCAUUCUUUCAACAAAGAAGAGAUGCAGUUGGAAGGUUAGGUCUAUCAACACUACAAAAGUGUACGGCAGCUAUUCGUAUGCUUGCUUACGGCUCUGCGGCUGAUGCCGUUGACGAAUAUCUCCGACUUGGUGAAAGCACAUCACUUUCUUGUUUAACCAAUUUCACAGAAGGCGUAAUACAGUUAUUUGGAGAUGAGUAUCUACGAAGACCCACUCCAGAGGAUCUUCAACGACUACUCGAUAUUGGAGAGGUACGCGGCUUUCCGGGGAUGAUAGGAAGCAUCGAUUGUAUGCAUUGGGAGUGGAAGAAUUGCCCAACCGCUUGGAAAGGACAGUACACACGUGGAUCAGGAAAGCCGACAAUUGUCUUGGAGGCUAUAGCUUCACAAGAUCUUUGGAUAUGGCACGCUUUUUUUGGUCCUCCAGGUACCUUAAACGAUAUAAACGUCCUUGAUCGGUCACCUGUGUUUGAUGACAUUUACCAAGGUCGAGCUCCAAGGGUAACGUACAUGGUCAACGGACUCCAGUAUGAUUUGGCUUACUACCUCACAGACGGUAUAUAUCCAAAAUGGUCAACAUUUAUCCAAUCUAUCACACUCCCUCAAGGUUCUAAAGCAGCGUUAUUUGCUAAAGUUCAAGAAGCAACCCGAAAAGAUGUGGAGCGUGCUUUUGGUGUAUUGCAAGCUCGAUUUGCGAUAGUGAAAAACCCAGCUCUAUCAUUGGACAAGGAAAAAAUAGGGAAGAUUAUGAGAGCAUGUAUCAUACUACACAAUAUGAUAGUCGAAAAUGAACGAGGUGGAUACACUCUGUACGAUACAUCGAAAUUUGAAGAAGGCGAGUCGAGCAGAAGUUCACAUGUAGAGCAUAUUAACAACAUGCCUUCACAUUUCGGUAAUAUGCUUGGUCUACGGAAUCAGGUUCGAGAUAGGCAUACACACGAAGCAUUGAAAAAUAAUUUAAUCGAAAAUAUUUGGAACAAGUUUGGUAAUGAUGAAGAUGUAUAAUUACUGUAUGUUUGCUUUUAAUCAUUGAAUAAAUAAAAUUAAAUGUUUUACAAAUUUAAUAACUUUAAAUUCCUAAGAACUCCAUAUUAAAUAACACCAUUAGACAUACAUUUUAGAGUCAAAUCCUUAACUAUUCAAAAAGCAAAAAAAAAAAAUAUUAUAUACCUAAGGACUCCAAUGGUGGAUAACACCAUUGCCAUUGGAGUUGCUCUAAAAGCAUUUGCAGUGAUGAGACACCCUUUAGGUUUCUCAAAAAAUUAAUUAAUUAUAAUUUUAAUUAUAAUUUUAAUUAUAAAAUAGUUUACACUGCUCAUUCUUUGCCGAUUGUCACAUGGGUUUUUUUAACUUCCACCAAAGUCUCUUCCUCAUAGAUGAUCUCUCCCCUCUCUCUUUCUUUUCUUAUUUUUUCUGUUUGUUUAUUGAUAAGAGACUCUUAAGAGCCUUUCACUAAUGAUGCUCAGAACAUAAUUAACCCCGGUCUCUUAGCCGGAGUUUUUAACUCAUUAUUUGACAUUUUUUUUUUUACACUUUUCGGCUAAGAGACGACAUCUUAUAUCUCUUAGUUAAGAUACAGUUUUAAGAUACAGUUCUUAGCUUUUCU